GUUGCAUUGAUCAGAACCUCAUAUCGUCUCGGACAAAGAUGCAGCCUAACAUGCUGAACGUGCUCUGCCGAUAACCUUAAGAGUUACCUGAAGAGAGUGGACAAGAAGCGACAAACAGGUGGCUGGUAGCGGGCACUCUGCACUGUUGCGCACACAGUUUCCAUUGCGCACCGCCACAAUGCUGUUACCGUCCGGCACCCUGUUACUGCUGGCGGCUCUUUACUCAAGUGUAGACCUGACAGGGGCUGAGGGCUGUGGAACAUCAUGUGGAAAAUGUGACUGCAGUGGUGUGAAAGGAGCAAAGGGUGAGCGUGGAUUUCCUGGUCUUCAAGGUAAUAUGGGAUUUCCAGGGAUGCAGGGACCUGAAGGGCCUCCAGGAUCAAUGGGCCCCACGGGAGAUCUGGGUGAACCUGGAGCUUCUGGACUAAAAGGAGUGCGGGGUCCUCCUGGUCUGCCUGGUUUCCCAGGAAACCCGGGACUACCAGGCAUCAAUGGAAAUGACGGGCCACCAGGAUCGCCAGGUAUCCCAGGAUGCAAUGGGACUAAAGGAGACAGAGGAAGGGAUGGCGCUCCUGGUUUUGACGGUCUUCAAGGACCUCCUGGCAUCCCAGGACUUCCUGGAAUGAAGGGUGACCCUGGUGGUGUGAUCGGAAUUGUUCCCCUAAAAGGAGAUCAAGGAUUCCCUGGAACACCUGGAUUACCUGGAUUUAGCGGAAAUCCUGGACCUGUUGGACCUCCUGGGCCUCGAGGCUAUCAAGGACCAAAAGGUGAUCCUGGGCCCCCUGGCCUCCCUGGAGAGAAGGGUGACAAGCUGGCCUUUGUGAGUGAAAAAGGAGACAAAGGUGACCAAGGAAUUCGUGGUCCACCUGGCCCUCCUGGACCUCCUGGUCCAUUUGCGGAAGGCUCACCUACCACAGUUUACUUACCUGGAACACCGGGCGACAGAGGACUUCAGGGAGACAAAGGAGACAAAGGCCAGUGCAUCCCGCAUCUAGCUGGUGUCAAAGGUGAACCUGGCCCGCCUGGAGCAAGAGGUAAACCUGGAAAGGAUGGAGAGGAUGGGCUGAAGGGAGAAAAAGGCUUCCCUGGAUCCUUUGGAUACACCGGUUCCCAGGGUGAAAAGGGUGAAAGAGGACCACCAGGUCACGGUAGUGGUUCCCCUGGUGCUCCCGGUCCUCGUGGUCUCCCAGGGUUAAAUGGAGAAAAGGGGUUUCCUGGUCCUCAGGGAGAGGCAGGUCCACCAGGACGGCACAUUGAAGGGCCUCGAGGAGAGACGGGUCAGAAGGGAAAUGUUGGGGAGAAAGGAGACAGUGGUUUAGAAGGAGAGUCUCUUGUUGGACCUCCGGGACAACCAGGAAACACUGGACCACCUGGACCACCUGGACCACCGAUUAACCCUAAUGAAUGUGACAUUGAGAAAGGAGCGCCUGGCCCACCUGGACCUCUAGGGUUACAAGGGGAAUUGGGACAGAAGGGUGACAGAGGUGACACCUGUGUUCAAUGUGAAGGCUUCGGUCCACCUGGAUUACCUGGCCCCCAAGGCCCUAAAGGAGAUCGAGGACCUCCUGGGCUAGUAGGGGGGAAGGGAGAAAAGGGUGGAUUUGGCGCUCCUGGACAACCUGGUAGACCUGGUUCUGCAGGCAUCCCUGGGUUGAUUGGAGCCCCUGGUGCUGUCGGUGAGCCAGGGGACAUUCUCGCAGGUACUGGUCUGAAGGGGGAAAAAGGUCUGGCUGGUGUUCCUGGUUCCCCAGGGCCAUCAGGGAGAGAUGGACAGCCAGGGAGAGAUGGACAGCCAGGUAUACCUGGCUUCAAAGGAGAACCGGCCAAAGAGGGCAUCAAGGGUGAGCGUGGACCAGAUGGGGACCCUGGUAUAAUUGGGUCUCCAGGAGAAAGGGGUCCACCGGGCCUGCCAGGCUACGGGCGACCAGGGGAGCCUGGAGAGAAGGGCAGCCAGGGAAGACCAGGCAUUCCUGGCCAUCCUGGACCAUCUGGUGCAAAAGGUGAGCCAGGUAAAAGUGUAAGCACUCCUGGACCUCAGGGAGUACCUGGACCACGUGGAGUAAACGGCGAACCUGGAGCUCAAGGCAACAGAGGCCUGCAGGGAGACCCAGGGUUGCCGGGUUUCCCUGGACCAAAGGGUGAUCAAGGACCCUCUGGAAUUGGAUUUCCAGGCCCAACUGGUCCGAAAGGAAUCAGUGGAAUUCCUGGAGCUCCAGGAGUACCAGGAGAGCCAGGAAGACCAGGACAGGAUGGCUUGACUGGAAAAUCUGGUACACCUGGACAAAAAGGUGAACCAGGGCGGGGUCUUCCAGGCCCAAAAGGUUCGCAGGGCCUCCCAGGAAUUACUGGUUUCCAGGGUGAAAAGGGUGGCGUUGGACUACCUGGUAUUCCUGGACAAGAAGGCCAGACAGGACCCCCAGGACCUCAGGGAGUCAAAGGUGACUUAGGACCGCCAGGACCUCCGGGACUGGUUGGCUUACCAGGUGCUCCAGGAAAAGGUUCCCCCGGAGCCCCUGGACCACAAGGACAAGCUGGAGAGCCUGGACCAUACGGUAGGGAAGGUGUAAAAGGAGAAAAGGGCUACCCAGGUCCUCCUGGUCUGGACAUGCCGGGGCCUCAGGGAGAGAAGGGAACCCCCGGGUUCCCAGGAAGCCCAGGUCCCAAAGGACUGCCAGGGCCGCACGGCCUACCAGGCCGGGACGGACCAAUUGGAAACCAAGGUUCUAAAGGUGAAAUGGGGGUCAUGGGGACACCAGGAGUACCAGGAUUCCCUGGACCACCUGGGACACCUGGAUCUCCUGGACUAAGAGGUGAUCCCGGCAUUACUGGACCAAGAGGCAAUGAUGGAGAGACUGGAGCUAAAGGAGAAAGGGGAGAUCGAGGUCUUCAGGGACCUCCUGGGAACAUGAGCGAAGUUGACAUGGAGCACAUGAAGGGGGAGAAGGGAGAUAUUGGAAAACCAGGUGAACCUGGGUUUGCUGGAGAGAAGGGCCACCGUGGACUUCCUGGUAACCCUGGAUUGUCAGGCAAAGAUGGAGAGCCCGGAUUACCUGGACAACCAGGUGAGAAAGGAGACCCUGGGUUCCCUGGAGAGCCUGGUGGUAUAGGACAACCUGGACAGAAGGGCGCUGUAGGAGAGAUGGGAAUACCAGGUCCGUCUGGUCCAAAGGGUUCUAAAGGAGAUAUUGGUACACCAGGACAUCAUGGAUUCAGAGGCACAGAUGGACAGAAAGGAGACAAGGGAACAGCCGGAGUCCCAGGUAUUGGGCUCCCAGGAACUCCAGGAGAAAAGGGUCAGACAGGCCAGCCAGGAUUCCCAGGACCACCAGGAGAGAGGGGUCUGAAGGGUCUUGAGGGUAUGCCUGGCCAGCCAGGACUCCAAGGAAUCAAGGGAGACAAAGGAACCAUUGGGUAUUCAGGUCAGCCAGGUAGACCAGGCGAGAAGGGUGUGCCUGGGCUGCAGGGGUCUGAAGGAGAAAAAGGUCGAGACGGUCGGCCUGGUGAAGGGGGCUUGCAGGGACCUCCUGGUGUUCCAGGUGAAAAGGGAGAACCUGGAGUGGAUGGCAUCCCUGGAUCCUCAGGGGAGAGAGGAGACACAGGUGCACCCGGCCGAGGUUUCCCCGGACCACCUGGAGUGCUUGGUGGCAAAGGUGACAAAGGUAGUCCUGGCUUCCCUGGCCCUCCUGGUCAUCCAGGUGUUUCUGGUAUCAAAGGCGACAAGGGACUUCCGGGCUCUCAGGGGGCCCAGGGGGAAACAGGAGAGAGGGGUCUCCCUGGUAUCUCUCUGGAGGGCCCUAAGGGAGAGAGGGGAGAAACAGGACAACCAGGAGAAGCAGGAUCCUCAGGAGUACCAGGAACCUCUGGUGUGCCAGGCAGAAACGGACAAAAAGGAGACAAAGGAGACCAGGGUCUUCCUGGUUUCCAGGGAGAGUCGGGACACAAGGGUGACCCUGGAGUUACUGGACUUCCUGGACAAUCUGGCCUUCCAGGUAUUGAUGGACAGAAAGGAGAGAGGGGAUUGCAGGGUGUCCCUGGCUUCCCAGGUACAAGAGGUAAUUUUGGGGACAUUGGAUUCAAAGGAGAAGUUGGAGACAGAGGAUUCCCAGGAGAAAAGGGCAAUGUAGGUCCCCCUGGUCCCCCCGGCCCCAGCAUCUUCGUCAAAGGAGACAUCGGAUUCCAAGGGCCUCAAGGCCUCCCGGGACCCCAGGGGCCAUCUGGGCUCCCUGGACAGAAAGGACUGCAAGGUGUUACAGGUAUUCCGGGACCAAAAGGCGAAGAUGGCAUUCCUGGAUACCAUGGUCAGCCUGGGUCCAAAGGAGAUCCUGGCCUUCCGGGGCCACAGGGACCUAGAGGACACCCUGGCCCCCCAGGACCUGACGGUGUUCCAGGUCAAGUGGGUCUCCCCGGCCCCUCCUCCAUGGAACAUGGGUUUCUGGUAACCCGUCAUAGCCAAACGGUGGAGGUUCCACACUGCCCUGAGGGAACGUCGCUCAUAUAUGAUGGCUACUCCUUGCUCUACGUACAAGGCAACGAACGUUCCCAUGGACAGGACUUAGGUACGGCAGGCAGCUGUCUAAGAAAGUUCAGCCCCAUGCCCUUCCUCUUCUGUAACAUUAACAACGUGUGCAACUUUGCCUCCCGUAAUGACUACUCCUACUGGCUCACCUCCCCUGAGCCCAUGCCCAUGAGCAUGGCACCCAUCACUGGUGAAGGCAUCAAACCCUUUAUCAGCAGGUGUUCUGUGUGUGAAGCCCCAGCGAUGGUGAUAGCAAUUCACAGUCAGACCAUCAUGAUCCCCCCAUGCCCUCACGGCUGGGACUCUCUGUGGAUUGGCUACUCCUUUGUCAUGCACACCAGUGCUGGUGCUGAGGGAUCAGGCCAGGCUCUGGCCUCUCCUGGUUCCUGCCUGGAGGAAUUCCGCAGUGCUCCAUUCAUCGAGUGUCAUGGUCGUGGAACCUGCAACUACUACGCCAACUCCUACAGCUUUUGGCUCGCCACCAUUGAAGACAAUGAGAUGUUUACGAAACCUGUCCCCACAACGCUAAAAGCAGGCAGUCUCCGAACACACAUAAGCCGCUGUCAGGUGUGCAUGAAGAGGACAUAAACCCUAACACCAGAGUCCUACUUCCCAACCUGCUAGCAAAACCACGUGCCUUGACGUCCUUGACUUGGCUUAACGUACUGUUUUCACGAUGGUGCUAUUUCCCUGCAUGUGUGAGGGGACAGGGACAGAGAUGUGGUUUGCAAAACAGCCGGAGAUGGAACCUUACAAACCAGAACACAGAGACCAAGCAGCCUUUGCUCCAUGCAGUACACAACAUGAUCAAAACAUGUCUCUAAAGAAUUGCACCCAGUUUACCGCUGCACUGAUUAUAUGCCCCCUAAACUGGUAAACUGGUGUUAAUUUUGUGUGAGUCAGGUGCUAUUCAAUUUUACUUAUCUGCCUUAUUCCAUUUUGUUUUUUUCCUUCUCCCUACCAUUGCCACAGCAUUCAAAGAUUAUAGCCACAUAUUAUUAUACAUUAUAACUUGUUUAACAUACUAACGUAAAGGAUUGGACUUACCACUGGUUACAGACACUUGCCAUUUGCUAAAUCACUGUAAUGUUGCCAACACAGAUAUAUAACUGUCACUCUGUUGUAAAUAUAAUGCAUUCCUCUCUAGCAUACUUCAACAUACUAUCCUCAGGUUAUUAUUGAAAUACUUUUUGUGUUAUUAAGUCCAUUUUUAUUUAUAAGAGUUAUGAGAAUAUGUUGGACUUGAGUGUAUUGGAGAUUCCAUUGAUCUAAAAACAACAUUUCAACAUCUGACAAUCAGCGUCUUAUUAACACACAAAACAGCACUGAAAGAGCAUUGGCGUGUGUGUGUAUUUCUGUGAGUAUACAAAUCUGAAUGGAUUUGAGCUGCUUGUAAGUGUUGUGCUUUUUGUGAUGUCUGCAUAUAUGUUGUUGCACAACCCUGUCGUUGACAUAAUCUCAGACAGAUGCACAAAGUGAAAUAGACAAAAAAAACUUUUCUUUACUUUUACUUUGUCAGAACAUUGUGUUUGGAAGCGUGUGUGUUAAAAGAUUUACUCUUCUCACAUUACAUAAAUCAAAUGUUUCUGAUCCCAAAGAAAUGCACAUGUAUAGAUACAGUACAUACACAUGACAUGUACUUGCUAUUUUGCUCAUGUAUUUGACUGUUCCCAUUUGUGAAUUGCUUUUGUUAUACCUGUUGGUUUACCGCAAAACUAAGAGUGAAGGGUCAUCACAUCAUUUUAUGCAUUAGAGUAAAACACGGACAGAUGACGAGGACUGUAUUUAUAAGUGUGGCCUCUUGGACCCCAAACAUAGUUUCUAUGUCCCUUUUCAGAGCUUUAUAGAUUAGAGAUUUAAAAAUGCAUGCAGCAGUUACUCUACACUGACUGUAACCAGUUUUUGUUAGUCUUGUGUGCUUGGUUGUGAUGAAAUGCUCCAUGAAGUACAGUUUCAGUAGUAUUCACUUGAUUACAGUGGGGAUAAUCUUAAAUAAAUAAACAAACA